CCGAGAACUAAGCAGGGGUAGCUCAGCGAAACAAGCUGGCCACUUCAGGAAAGCGAACCCCGGAUUUAUUUUCGCACGGCUGAGGAGAGGCCAGCUAUCAUUGUGUGUUGAAUGUUGAAAUCGUCUAGAAACCAUCGACUUCUCACACGAUCAAUUCAAUUUACCACCAUACGUCCCCCCUUUCGCCGCAUUAGGUCGCAUCCCAACCUUCCUUUUCUAUUUGUUCUUUCUUCGCUUCCCCUUGCAUAUUAUUGCUAUAUUAUUUUUUUCGGAUUAGAUCCUACAUCCCGCCUCCCGAGUACCGAACCCGACAAUGUGGUUUCCAGCGCUGUCAGCCCUAUGGCUGGCGGCUACGGCUUGGGGUGCUGUAGGUCGCGAUGAAGAUGGCAAUAUUAGGACUAUAUCUCUUCGGACCCAUACGUUGAAGCAGCCCUACUUGGACUCCGAGAUGCAAAGCCGGUGGUACGAUUUUGGAGGCGAUACAAUAGUUCGAACGGAUUCGUAUAUCCGUCUAACUUCGGAUCGCCCGUCGCAAAAUGGAUGGUUGUUUUCUCGAGUACCCAUGACCGCUACGAAUUGGGAAAUCACUGUUGAAUUCAAGAUCCACGGGACCAACCAAUUAUAUGGCGAUGGCUUUGCGAUGUGGCUUACAAAGGAGCGAGGUCAGAUCGGACCGGUUUUUGGACAUGCAGACAACUUCGAAGGCCUUGGAGUUUUCAUUGACACCUACAAGAACAACCGACCUGGUGUUGUUUUCCCAUAUGUAAUGGCGAUGGUUGGUGAUGGCAAAACAACAUAUAACAAGGACAACGACGGAAAGGACACUGAAUUUGCUGGCUGCCCUGCCCGAGGCAUUCGAAACGCGAACGUUCCUACUAAACUAAAACUCACCUACUUUCAGGACAAGUCAUUAAAGUUAGAACUCCAAUACCAGUCCGAAGAUGAAUGGAAGUUGUGCUUCGAGACGAACGAACCCCCGGCGAUUCCUGCUGUUACAUACCUUGGAUUCAGCGCCGAGACAGGCGAGUUGAGUGACAACCAUGAUAUCAUCUCUAUCGAUGCGAAGAAUCUUUAUGUGACGGGAGGCUCAGCUAGCAAACCUACGCCUGGAAAAGGAAGUGUUAAAUCGUCCCAGCCUAAGGAAAGCGGCGGUAGCAGCUGGACCUGGUUCUUCUUUAAAUUUAUUGUCUUUGGAUUAGCAGUUGGUGGAUCAUACGUCGGCUUUACGGCAUACCGAGCGAACAAGAAGAGGAGCCAUCGAUUCUGAAGAGUGAACUUAGAGAUAUCUGAUGUUGGGAGGUGGAGAAAAUGCCAAGAACGACGGGCGUACAUAUCAUCAGCAUAUGACAGUGCAAAGCAGUGGGCUUUCUACGAAGCCUCAUGGGUUCUUUAUGUCUUAUAUGGUUGGCGGGCGUCGACUGGCAAUGUAAAACUAUGGAGUAGCGCACAAUACAGAAGAAAUUACGAAUUUCAUUCCAAGAUUUCCAGAUCGGAUUCAGCUAGCUAAAGUGUAACAUAAGAUGGAUGGUUCUUUGUUCUGGUAGGUGGCUUAGCUAUCUGUGGCACGAGGUGUAACUAUCGGGACAAUAGCUUUGUUCGUGAUAUGGCCUCAUCUAGUUUUCUCGUCAGAGGCUUACUUCUCCAUGAUCACGGAAGGCAAAAUGGUUACCAACACCCUCCACUAUACUACUAUAUAUGAGUAACGUGGGGUUGCACUGCGCGCUAUUUUAUACCACAUAACUGCUAAGAUGCCAUCGGCGAUGCCCAUCCGAUACUACAGAUUUUUAUUAAAAAUAUAGAUGCCGGAAUGUCUCACCCAGGUGUUUAACUAUUUGCUUAACGGCCG